CCGUGUUUCACCAAACUGCUAAUGCAUGUUUGGACAGAAGGUAAGGAACCAAACUAGUUGGUGGCAAUGUAAUUUCAUUGCAUUCUUGAUUAAAACAGGGAAGCAAUCUAAAAAAGGAACUGAAGCUGGAACUGAAGGGAAGCAAUCUCCAUCUCCUUCUGAAACAUGAGGUCCUCACACAAUGCCAGUGCUUCUUCAGCGUGACACAUCUUCUCCUCCGCCAUUCUCUUGUACUGAUUCGCUUCCAUCUUCAGCACAGACUUCUCCCCUUGCAAGCGCAGGAUCAUGGACAUGGUUUCACUAGCUGCAGUUGCAGCAGCUUCCC